AGGGCCCCGCUGGUUCAUGUGAGGAUAGGGACCGUCCUGAGCUGAACUCAACGUUACAAAUAGGAGCUGCGGCAUUCCAAGUGGAGCAGAGUGGAGGUGCGCCACACAGAUGAUAAUAUUAAGUAACAGCGCUGAUCUGCAGUAUUAAACCAGAGAGAGAGGGAGACACACAAAGACGCUUCUUCCUGAACCCGACAAGACGUUUAAAGAGGCGGAGGACUCAUGCGCACCGACGGACAACAUUGAACAUUGUUAAAAGGUGGCACUGUUGCUGCAUCAUUGCUUCAGAGAGCCUCAACAUCUAACAGUCCAGCACCACACAGCGGUUCCAUCUGCUCUCAGCAACAAGGACAGACUCGUUCAGGCUCUGUGUGAGUGUAGCAGGCGUGAUGUUUGAGGAGCAAUCCCAGCCGAUGAGGGGGCAGCAGGAUGUGGCUGUGCUCCAGACCUUGCAGUCGCCUGCAGCAGUGACUCCAGGUGGCAGUGGAGGAGGAGGAGGAGGAGGAGGAGGAGCAGGAUCGCCCAUGUCUUUCACAGAUGAAGCUGUGUCCAUCCUGACCUCCAGCAGCAUGUUGGCCCGCUCCCUGCUGGGUCGCAGCUCUGCCGUCAAACGAAAAGAGAGUCCUUCUUCCAGCAUCCGGCGCAAGCGUGAGUUCAUCCCUGUUGACAAAAAGGAUGAUGGCUACUGGGACAAGAGGAGGAAGAACAAUGAGGCGGCGAAACGCUCCCGGGAGAAGCGGCGUGUGAACGAUAUGGUCCUGGAGAGCCGUGUGCUGGCUCUGCUAGAGGAGAACGCACGACUCAGGGCAGAGCUGUUGGCUCUGAAGUUCCGCUUUGGCCUAGUCAAAGACCCCUCCAAUGCCCCUAUCCUGCCACUCACCACGGCUCCUCAACACACCACUCAAAGCUUGACUCCCCACUAUUAUCUCCACAGGGGGGAUGGAGUGCUCCCCAAUUCCCCAGCCCUGCAUCCCAGCAACCAGAAAGGCCAGUUGAGUGUGCGGGGCUCCAGGGAUGCUGGUAACCUGUCGGAGGACUCAGGGUUCUCCACGCCAGGUGGGUCCAGUGUGGGUAGCCCUGUCUUCUUUGAAGACCGGCUGAGCGACCAUGGGAAAUCAUCCCCGCACAGAGCAGAGGAGCUGGGCUAUGACCUCCACCACUCCCCUUCUGACGUCCACCACAGUGCAGUACUCACUGGAGCUAGGUUGGACCAAGCUGAGGGCAUGAAAAAUCUUCCUCACAAGCUACGUUUCAAGACGCCUGGCAGCGGGGACAUGUGUGAUGCUGCAGGGGACAACAGCAGACGAAGCCCCUUGCUACCUACAGGAGCACGGGAAGGCCAGAGAGAGGCCCUCAAAGGGCAAGGACUGAUCGGAGGUGAAGCAGGAGCAGGGCACACUGGCCCCUGGCUCCAGCAGCUGGAAGGGGAAGAGGGCAGGAGGGGGAGACAGUCCCCUCAAUACAACAUCUCAGCAGCCAGCUACAACCUGCAGCCUCCUACGCAAGGACAAACGGAGGUCCAGUACCAGCAUGAGAACAGUUUCCUGAAGUCUCAGCUCAACUCUCUGAGUGUGGAGGUGGCUCAGCUGAAGAAGCUUUUCACAGAGCAGUUCACGGCCAACGUCAACUGAGGGCAGUACGCUGAGUCAGUCAGUGUUUGCCGAUGUCUAGACUUUUAAGGACAGACACAGUUUUACUGUGAAUGAGCCUUUAAAUACAGCACAGCCACAGGAACAAAUGUUCACAAAGACUCAACUGUCAAGUCUGACAAACUUUUAACAAUGUGUUGUUUUUAUUUCAAAUACUGUAUAUUGUAAUAAAUGUCUAUACACAUUCAUCUCAUAUCCUGCUGUCUAGGUUUUAACCACUACUUAAUCUCAGCUCCUAUCAAUGUCUCUCAGAUAGGGAGGCUUAUCUGUAACAGUGUUAAGUGUAUAAUAAUGUCUCUAUUCCAUACACUGUGACAACUAAAACCACACAACAUCAAACUGUUUACAUCACAUCUUUUGAGACAGCAGGGUUUGGUGGUUCUGAAGCUGCAAUUUAGUCAGUUGGAAAUCAGCCAGCAGAUUAACACAAACCAACGGAGGAUGUGUUUGCAGAUUUGUUAUUAGAGUGGAAUGACUUACUGCAC